UGAGCUUCUCGAUGCAUUGUUUCAGAAAGGAGAAAAGAGAAGGGGAAAGGAGACGAGGAAAAUAACAAGAAAACAUCAACAAAAAAGGACGGUGAUGAUGACGAAAUAGAAGGAAAUAAAGAAGAUGAAAGAAGAAAAGGAGAUGAAGAGGAAAAGAGCAAGGAGAAAGAAAAAGAAACAGACGAAGCAAGACCAAGACCGAGACCAAGGAUUGUUUACCUUUUUGCUGCACGUGGAGGGGCAGCUGGCUCAUAGUUAAUAGUGUGGGAGUUCCAUGGUCUUCGUUCUUCCAUAAAACAACCUGAAUCUUUCUCCUCAAAGAACAAAAAGAAAUCUACAGAAUGCCAAAGGGAAAGAAGACACGAAAAUUUGCCGUGAUGAAGAGGAUGAUUAGUUCAAAUGAUCCUCGCUUAAAACCGGAAGACAGGAAACCUAAGAAGGAGAAAAAGCCUGACCCAAAUGAACCCAAACUUGUUGAAGCGCCACAGUACUCCUCAGCACUCUUCUUUGAAUACAAUACCCAGCUUGGCCCUCCUUAUCGUAUCCUCCUUGAUACCAAUUUCAUAAACUUUGCCAUCAAAAACAAAGUGGAUAUUGUUAAGGGAAUGAUGGAUUGUCUGUAUGCCAAGUGUAUUCCAUAUGUGACUGAGUGUGUGCAGGGAGAACUGGAGCGGUUGGGAGAGCGAUACCGUUUGGCUUUGAAAGUUAUCAAGGAUGCUAGGAUAGAAAGGCUUCCAUGCUUGCACAAGGGAAUAUAUGCCGAUGACUGCCUUGUUCAACGUGUUACACAGCACAAGUGUUACAUUGUAGGAACUUGUGAUAAAGACCUGAAGAGAAGAAUACGUAAAAUUCCUGGUGUCCCAAUCAUGAGUGUUGGCCAGCACAAGUUUGUAAUCGAGCGAAUGCCGGAUGCUCCUCAAAUGUAAAACUUACCUUGUCCUGUCAUUCUAAGUAUAUCAAGGGAUUCAUUUCAGGUAAAUCUUUAGUGUUAAGACAAUAUAUGAUAGUGCUAUUUCAAGAUCCUGACCAUGUAGUAUAGCUAUUUUAGAGUUGACAUGUUGGCUGGAAAAUAAAAUUGUUUCUAUAGUA